CCCCCCUCCGGGCUGGACCGCGGAUGGUACGUUCCGCACGUGAGCUGGGUGCUGGUCUGGCCGGCGACGCGCGUGCCCUGUGGCCAAACACUGCCUGGAGUGAGAGCAAACUACCAGCGCAGUGGGGCCGGCGCGAGUGUGCGUGUGUGUGCGUGUGUGUGUGCGAGCGCGGUGGAGGGGGGACCAACUGCUUCACACUUUCAACACUGCACUGAAGAGGGAGAGCGAGAGAGAGAGACUGGAGACGCACAGAUCCCCCCAAGAUCUCCCAAGCCUACCGUCCCACAGAUUAUUGUACAGAGCCCCAAAAAUCGAAACAGAGGAAACGAACAGCAGUUGAACAUGGACGAAGGAAUUCCUCAUUUGCAAGAGAGACAGUUACUGGAACAUAGAGAUUUUAUAGGACUGGAUUAUUCCUCUUUGUAUAUGUGUAAACCCAAAAGGAGCAUGAAACGAGACGAUACCAAGGAUACCUACAAAUUACCGCACAGAUUAAUAGAAAAGAAAAGAAGAGACCGAAUUAAUGAAUGCAUUGCUCAGCUGAAAGAUUUACUGCCUGAACAUCUGAAAUUGACAACUCUGGGGCAUCUGGAGAAAGCCGUAGUCUUGGAAUUAACUCUGAAACACCUAAAAGCUUUAACCGCCUUAACCGAGCAACAGCAUCAGAAGAUAAUUGCUUUACAGAAUGGGGAGCGAUCUCUGAAAUCGCCCAUUCAGUCCGACUUGGAUGCGUUCCACUCGGGAUUUCAAACAUGCGCCAAAGAAGUCUUGCAAUACCUCUCCCGGUUUGAGAGCUGGACACCCAGGGAGCCGCGGUGUGUCCAGCUGAUCAACCACUUGCACGCCGUGGCCACCCAGUUCUUGCCCACCCCGCAGCUGUUGACUCAACAGGUCCCUCUGAGCAAAGGCACCGGCGCUCCCUCGGCCGCCGGGUCCGCGGCCGCCCCCUGCCUGGAGCGCGCGGGGCAGAAGCUGGAGCCCCUCGCCUACUGCGUGCCGGUCAUCCAGCGGACUCAGCCCAGCGCCGAGCUCGCCGCCGAGAACGACACGGACACCGACAGCGGCUACGGCGGCGAAGCCGAGGCCCGGCCGGACCGCGAGAAAGGCAAAGGCGCGGGGGCGAGCCGCGUCACCAUCAAGCAGGAGCCUCCCGGGGAGGACUUGCCGGCGCCCAAGAGGAUGAAGCUGGAUUCCCGCGGCGGCGGCAGCGGCGGCGGCCCGGGGGGCGGCGCGGCGGCGGCGGCAGCUGCGCUCCUGGGGCCCGACCCUGCCGCCGCGGCCGCGCUGCUGAGACCCGACGCCGCCCUGCUCAGCUCGCUGGUGGCGUUCGGCGGAGGCGGGGGCGCGCCCUUCCCGCAGCCCGCGGCCGCCGCGGCCCCCUUCUGCCUGCCCUUCUGCUUCCUCUCGCCUUCUGCAGCCGCCGCCUACGUGCAGCCCUUCCUGGACAAGAGCGGCCUGGAGAAGUAUCUGUACCCGGCGGCGGCCGCCGCCCCGUUCCCACUGCUAUACCCCGGCAUCCCUGCCCCGGCCGCAGCCGCGGCCGCCGCCGCCGCCGCUGCCGCCGCCGCCGCCGCCUUCCCCUGCCUGUCCUCGGUGUUGUCGCCCCCGCCCGAGAAGGCGGGCGCCGCCGCCGCGACCCUCCUGCCGCACGAGGUGGCGCCCCUUGGGGCGCCGCACCCACAACACCCGCACGGCCGCACCCACCUGCCCUUCGCCGGCCCCCGCGAGCCGGGGAACCCGGAGAGCUCUGCUCAGGAAGAUCCCUCGCAGCCAGGAAAGGAAGCACCCUGAAUCGUUGCGUCUCAAAGGACGGAGG